UUGGCAUAAUUUACUGGAUUUCGAAGCAGAACUUAAGCAUCUGUAUUGCACACGAGGAUUCCAGGCUUGUGUGAUAAAAGGCCAGGAUUAUAGUCUAGGUGACGGAGCGCAACACCUUUUCAAGUCAUUUGACAGAAUAGCCUCCCAUGAUUACAUCCCAACGGACCAAGAUAUCCUCUACUCGAGGGUAAUCACAACAGGUGUUACGGAACUCAGCUUUAAAUUUAAAGGCAGCAAUUUGUGUAUGGUAGAUGUUGGUGGCCAAAGAUCUGAGAGGAGGAAAUGGAUCCACUGCUUCGAUAAUGUCACAGCUAUUAUCUUCGUUACAGCGAUGACUUUUUACCACCAGAUGAAUGAUUCGUCAGAUAUGAAUAAACUUCAUGAGUCAUUGUUGAUUUUUAAGUCUUUAUGUGCAAACCAGUAUCUUCACAAGUCGGCCUUUCUGGUUUUUCUAAAUAAAAUGGAUAUUUUCAAAGUCAUGAUACAGAGGAAAUCACUAAAGUGCUGUUUUCCACGCUAUAAAGGUGGAAAAUCUUUUAUUGAAUCAGCCCAAUACAUCUCCUGUCUGUUUGAAAACGCAAGUCGCCGAAAUAGUGGAGUCUACUGUCACUACACCACUGCCACAGACACAGAGAACUUUGAUCGAGUUUUCGACACAUCCAUGGCUAUCCUUCUCGAAAAGAACCUUGCGGUGACCGGACUGCUUUAGGUAUAUUUACAAAAGAGUUCCGAGGAGUGAAACAGAAGAGCAAACACUAAAUGCGACGUUACGUACAAAUACAUACUUCAUGAUAGCUAUAUUAGUGAUAAUAAUCAGCUCUAGGGCCGUGUAGGGUACGUUAAAUAGUUUUUGAAACUCAAAUGUUGUAUAGCGUACCACAACAAGGAUGUUGUACACAGUGUUCGUGUAACAUAACAAGGACUUUGUAAAAAGUGUUCGCGAAACACACAAGGAUUUUGCACAUAGUGUUCUUGUAACGCAACAAGACGUUUGUAAUUAGUUUUCGCGAAACACACCAGAAUUUUGUAAAUUGUGUCAUUAAAACACAACAAGGGGGUAGGUAGUAUUCACGGAUCACAGAUAGUAGAUAGUGUUCGACAAACAAACAUGGAAUUUGUACAUACAUUGUAGUGUUGGCAAAAUAUAAGGAUUUUGUACAUAUCGUUUGUGUACCAACAAGGAGUUUGUAAAUACUAUUCACAUAACACUACAAGGAUUUUGUAGAUAAUGUUAGCGAGACAAGAAGAUUCUAAAUGGUAUUCACGAAACACGCAAUGAUUUUUUUAGUGUUGUCGAAGCACAAGGAGUUUGUAGACUUUGGUUUGGUUUGGUUUAUUUUGUUUAACGUCCUAUUUACAGCCAGUGUCAUUUUAGGACGUGCCUGGUUUUGGAGGUAGAGGAAAGCCGGAGUACCCGGAGAAAAACCACCGAGCUACGGGUCAUUAACCGGCAACUACCCAACGUGGGUUUCGAACCCGUACUCAAAGGUGGAUGGAUAGUGAUAAAGUGUCGAGACAACUUAACCAUUCGGCCACCGCGGCCCCAUGUUUGUAGACAAUCUUGCCUGAACAUACAUGUACUUGAAUAGUGUUUAUACGGAAUAACAAUAUAAUGUGUUGGGGACUUAACAGGUUAGUGUUUCACCACUGCCCUGUUCUAGUUUUGAAGAUGCAAAACAGUUGUAGAAGUUUUGAUUAAAUCAAAACAAAGACGAUUUAAAUAUCAAGUAAAAUGCAAACAAUUUCUCUUUGUAGUCCUGUACGAUGUAGAUACCUGUUUUUCAUCGAAGUUUAGCUACAAUAUUUAUUCAUUGAUAUCCGUCUUUUCUUCAUAAUUUUUCUUUUUUUUUCUUUAUUAAUUAAUUGUUUUACGCCACAAGAUUCCAUUUCAUGUACAUGUACGAUAUGAAAAUAAAAAACAGCAAAAGAACACGGCUUUACUAUUAAUAAAGAAAACAAGGGUUAGCAAGAUAUAAAGAAAGAAAUCUCAGUAUAAUAAAAAUAUAUUACUUUGUUAAUGAGAAUAGCAGAAACAUAUCACAGACCAGUCUCUGCCCAUAAUUGACGUUCAAAAAUGGAAAUAUAUUUGUAAUUAUUGCAAAUCUUCACUUCAUGACUUGUCUUACACGGAUAUAUAGUGCCAUCUCAUACUUAUAUAGAUAUAUGAAGCAUUACUCUGUUAUGUGCCUAGGAUGAAAAUUCUGCUUGACUGAAGAUAAUUUACUAUUUUGAUUCCAAAUCAACAAUGGAUUUUAAAUCAUAGAUAUCAACAUUAUCAUUUCCCUGAUGUCGAAGUCAUAUUGUUAUAUCCGUAUUAAUUUG